AUGGAUGAUUCAACCCCCGUAGAGCUGCGGCAAUGGGCCGAUGCUCCAUAUUUGUUAAUCGAGACACCAAAGCAUAAGGCGGGAAAGACUGGAUAUACCGAUGCGUAUAUGGAGACUGCGAGUACAAUGUGUGUAGUUCACAACGCCCUCCUCCGGGGCCUGAAUAGCAUAUACAUCCAGGGGCCAAGCAUUCUACCUGCCGAUUAUAAGGACUUCAUUGGCUAUAGUUUAUGCUGGCACUCUGCGAUUCACGAGCAUCACACUAGCGAAGAAGAUCAGUUUUUCCCCGACAUCGAAGAAGCCGUUGGUGAGAGGGGUUUACUCGAUAACAAUGUCCAGCAACACAAAUCCUUUCAAUCGGGCUUAGAUGAGUUCAGUAGCUACCUCAAGAGCCUAGCUGGGAAAGAAUCAUCGUUUGACGCUGCUCGCCUCAACGGCAUAAUCGCCUCAUUUGCGCCGGCACUUUGCGACCAUCUUGAAUCGGAGAUCCAGAGUCUGCAGGAUCUUAGUAAAUACGGAGCCAAACUUCCAAUCGACGAUCUCUGGAGUAAGGAAGGGCAACGGACUGUGAUCGCAAUGACCAAAUUCAGUGCGCUUCCAUUUUUCUUCCUCAAUCUUGAUGUUACGCAUGAAGACUAUCUGUGGAAGGAUUGGCCUCCAAUUCCUCGUCCUGCGAGGUGGGUCAUCACUCGUUGUUUCACAUUGUGGCAUCAAGGAUACUGGAAGUUUGCCAGCUGUGAUCGAAAUGGGAUACCAAAGCCUCUGUACGCGGCAGGUAACCCUCUUGAUGGGACUUUUAAAUAG